AUGGCGGGGAAAAGGCCACCGGUGGCGGAUCCGUCUCCGGCGGAGGCACUGCCAGCAGAGAGCAGCCAAGCGCCGAAGCGCCGUCGGCUCGUCAGGAUCACUGAUGACGACGAUGAGGAGGAGGAGACCGUGCCUUCCUUGGUCCGGAGGCCGCGCAGUCGCCCGGAUGUCGCGCCGACCACUAGCGACUGGGUGACCAGUGACCCUCCUAUUCCUCACACCGAGCCAACUCGUAUUAGGGCGACCGAGGCGGCAGCAGCGACCGGCAGGACCAGGAGGAGGUGUUUGACAUUGGUAAGAUGCCAUGUAUCUGUUAGUGCGGCGUCUGACGUCGAUCCCGACCACGUUGCUGGGCGGAGGACAGCCGAGCCGGCGGCUGUCGUCGGGGACGCCGCGCAACAGACUGCUCGGGAACACCCCGAAGAGCAGCUCGCGGUAACGACCGCAGCUGAGAGUGCCGUGGAGCAACCAGCUCUGGCGACGUCCCAAGCGAACACCCCUGCAGGGGAUGAAGAGGCUGCAAGGGUGCCUCCCCCGAGCAGUGCUGCAGAGGAGGACAGAGUUCCGACUCCCCCACCUGCUGAACAAAGGAGGGUCCCAACCCCGCCCCGAGCAGGGGUCUCUUCACCAGUAAACUCCCCUGGCCGGGAUCAGGGUCCAGUGAUGCCUGCGACCGCGGCUGGGGGUACUACGGAGGGCGAGAAGACCCAGACGGCCUCCGACGAUGAAGUGGAGGAGAUCAAAGGUCAUCUCCAAGAUGGUCGUCAGCACGUUUACGUGUGGCGCCAACGCAGGGACCACUUCAUUGGUCAUGAAGAACUCGCGGAGACGGAGGAGGCCGCGAGGGUAGAGCGCGCAGCGAAGCGGCUUGUGGACGAGGUUAAGUGCUCAAGGUGA